CGACUAAGAUCAUGCUAAUUUCAACUCAAGGUUUGUAUUUUCUUUGUCGGAAAAAGGAAUAGGGAAUUUUUUAAGGGUUCAACAUUGUCUAUGAUGUUCGUCUCUGCCGUCAAGAAUUAAAGAAAACAUCAUCUAUCGCUAGAUAAAUAUUAAGAAGCGAACUACUCGGGAAGAUCACUGAUUUGUUAUUGCUGGUAAUUGUUCCUACAAAAGAAUUAAAAAAAUAAACCAACAAAAAAACACAUAAACAAACAGAGGAAGAGUUGGCUUAUAAACUUUAGACUGUAACAUAAAUUUCAAUGUGGGUCCCCAUCCCCAAAAAAUAAAAAAAUAGAAAAAGACAACUGAAGUCAGAAAAAACUGAGAGUAUAACCAUCGUAAUUGUUCUGUGUGUUUUCUAUAAACUAUGAAUACCAACCACUCGUUUCUACGUUUAGCGUGUAGAAAGUGAAGAGUGGAAAUUAAUGAAAACAAAAAGACAAAAGCAAUCAGAGACUGUUAUGGGUUCUUUAUCGAUUUUAAUUUCUUCCUGAAAGUCCAUGAAACAAGACGUGAGUGGAAAAAAUUGAUGUACAAAAAAAUUAUUAUCUAAAAGUGUGUAUGCAGACGAGGAAAACCGUUAAUAUUUUAUAAAUUUACACUUUUGUAACGCAGAUAAGCAUUGCUCCAGUCUUAACGAAACACUCAGUUACUCAGAGCUGAACAAUACGGACUGCCAGCUGGGUAUUAGCCAAUGGCGUCAGACCUGGCAUAGGAUGAUAUGUCGCAAUGAGACAGAUACAUCUAUUGACGAGGAAUGUUUUAAAUCUUGGUGUGAGCAGUUGGCUUUUUGUUUCAGACAGUCGUCCAAUUGGACAUCGCGCUUUUCCAAGCAAGAAACUUCUCAACGCCAUCCUAAAAGAAGUGAUAAACUCGUUUGGAUAUAAAGCAAAUCAAGAAAAGAUUGAACGUGCUCUUCUCUCGGUUACUGAUUUGGAGGAGUUCAUCGGGAAAUAUUCACAACAUCAUCUAAAUGAAACUGCACCUAAGAUUUACAUUCGUUGUGAACAUGCAGAUAUUUUGGUCAGGAAGAUUUUUAACGAAAAUGAGAGUGAUGUCCAACUUGGGGAUGAUAAAGGAGAAAACUCUCUCAGCCUUCCCACUGCAGGCUUGGAUAACGGAUCUGUGGUACUUGGCGUCAUUUACAAAGAUCUCCAUCAAAUGUUCCUACCGAACAAGGCCAAUUCUGCCUCCGUCAACAAAAUAGGGAACAUCAACACAUUUAUCUUGUCUGUAACGAUAUGGCCAAGGAAGAACUUACUUAAGAAGAAUGUUACGUUGAAAUUUAAAAAUUUGAAGCCUGCAACAUUGGACAAAAGAUGCAUGUUUUGGGAUACUUCCGAAAAGAGUUGGUCAGGACAUGGGUGUCUCCUAAAAUCUAGAAACGAAACUUACACCGAGUGCAGCUGCAAUCAUCUGACUCACUUCGCAGUUCUAAUACAGUUUGACAGUGGAACUAGUGGUAACAGCUUAACUAAGACUAACGAAAAGGCGCUUCAAAUUAUUACAUAUGUGGGCUUGUCCUUCUCUUUAGUUGGAAUCGCUUUAACUAUCAUCAGCUAUGCUCUUCUUACAGACAUGAGGGGACCUUUAUCUCAGAUCCGAGUGAGUCUAGUCACUUCACUUGGUGCAGGUCAAAUUAUCUUUCUAACUGGAAUUGGUGCUGUUGAGAACAAGUCUACCUGUGUUACAGUAGCAGCUUUAGUGCAGUAUCUCCUGAUGGCCGCUUUCUGCUGGAUGCUUGUCGAAGGAAUUUAUCUAUACAUGUUCGUUGUAAAAGUUUUCAACGUCAACGACAAGAUGAAGGUGUCACAUGGAUUUUCAUGGGGUCUACCCGCCCUCGUCGUUUCCAUAUCGCUGGGCAUUGCAGCAGGAAGCGAACAGGGGAUUAAAAGCUAUGUCAGUGAAAAACUCUGCUGGAUUUCAUCUACUAACGGGAUGAUCUGGAUAUUUAUUGUCUUCGUCGUGCUGAUUGAGUUGUUAAACACAAUGCUACUAGGGCGAGUUAUCAAGGAAAUGGCAACCAUGCAGCAUGCAAAAGACAAACACAGCGAACAAAUAAGGCUUGGUGUCAGGGCAUGCAUGGUGAUGAUUCCUUUGCUAGGGAUCACGUGGCUAUUUGGUCUUCUGUUGCCCUUGCACAAAGCGGUGGCCUACAUUUUCGCACUUUUCAACUCCACUCAGGGCUUCCUAAUAUUUCUCCUUCACUGCGUAAGAAACUCAGAGAUUAGAUCUCGCUUUGAAAGAAGGAUCAAUAGGGUCACCCCAAUCGUUGAUGAGGGAACAAGCAUUAAGCGAGCCUCCCGAGGGAAUGAUACUGACGGGAGAAUCUUUUUUCCAAGGAAUAUUCAUGUCGAGCCUCGCAAUAACAAUGAAAGUGGUACUGAAGUCUCUGAGAUCUGAGUCGCCAUGGUAGUCUUUUCCCACAGUCUUGCUAGAUCUGUGUAUUAUAUCUUAAAUUAAAUUCGUUUAGAAAGUUUGGUACACCCCCCAAGAGCUGAAUAACCUUCAGAAGCUGAGGCUCGGAUAGCUUUGUAUUUGAUCCAAAGUAUAAUAAAA